AUGUCCGAAAUAUCAGUUGAUGUACUAGUCAUUGGUGCAGGGCCGACCGGCCUAGGCGCUGCGAAAAGACUGAAUCAGAUUGAUGGACCAUCGUGGUUGAUUGUUGAUUCGAACGAGACUCCUGGCGGCCUUGCCUCAACAGAUGUGACCAAAGAAGGCUUCCUUUACGAUGUCGGCGGCCACGUCAUCUUCUCUCACUACAAGUACUUCGACGACUGCAUCGACGAAGCCUUGCCCAAAGAAGAUGAUUGGUAUACGCACCAGAGAAUAUCCUACGUGCGCGUUAAGGGUCUAUGGGUUCCAUACCCGCUUCAGAACAACAUCUCCAUGCUGCCCAAAGAUGAACAAGUCAAGUGCAUAGAGGGUCUGAUCGAUGCUACAUUGGAAGCAAGAGUUGCAAAGACCAAACCCAAGAAUUUUGACGAAUGGAUUGUACGCAUGAUGGGCACUGGGAUUGCGGAUAUCUUCAUGCGACCAUAUAAUUUCAAGGUCUGGGCCGUCCCAACCACAAAGAUGCAAUGCGAGUGGCAAGGAGAGCGCGUGGCCGCUCCUGAUGUCAAGGCUGUCACGAGAAACGUGAUUCUCCAAAAGACAGCCGGCAACUGGGGUCCUAAUGCCACAUUCCGAUUUCCAGCUCGAGAUGGUACAGGUGGCAUCUGGAUUGCCGUGGCCAACACCCUGCCUGCCGAGAAGAAGCGUUUCGGAAAGAAGGGCACAGUGAAGAAGGUCAAUGCCGACAAAAAGCAGGUGCUGUUGGCAGAUGGCACUACGGUGCACUAUGAAAGACUGAUCAGCACGAUGGCUGUCGACUUCUUGGCAGAGGCUAUGGAAGAUGAGAAACUGAUCACUCUCUCCAAGGGCCUUUUCUACAGUAGCACCCAUGUCAUCGGUGUCGGCAUCCGUGGGACCCGCCCUGAACGGAUUGGGGACAAAUGCUGGCUCUAUUUUCCGGAGGAUGACUGCCCCUUCUACCGCGCAACCAUCUUCUCGAACUAUUCUCCCUACAACCAGCCUGCACAAGAUGUCAAGCUGCCUACGCUGCAACUUGCUAAUGGGUCUCGACGGCAGAGUGUGCAGGCCAAAGAAGGACCGUAUUGGUCGAUUAUGCUGGAGGUUUCCGAGUCGAGCAUGAAGCCUGUCGACCAGGAUAAUCUUCUCAAGGACUGUAUGCAAGGACUGGUCAACACCGAAAUGCUGAAACCUGAAGACGAAAUCGUGUCCACAUACCACCGCCGCUUUGACCAUGGUUAUCCCACCCCAACGUUGGAGCGCGAAGGAGUCUUGAAGCAGCUACUACCUGCUCUAGAGGAGAAGGGUAUCUACAGUCGAGGACGAUUUGGCUCCUGGAGGUAUGAGGUCGGCAAUCAAGACCAUUCGUUCAUGUUGGGAGUGGAAGCCGCGGAUAACAUUGUCAACGGCGCUGUUGAGCUGACCUUGAACUAUCCCGACUUUGUCAAUGGUCGACGAAACACCGAACGGAGAUUGGUGGAGGGAGCGCAAUUGUUUGGCAAAAAGACGAAAUCUGAAAAGGGCUCGAAUGGUAAUGUGGUCGUUGGACGGCGUAUGACCGGCGGAAAGGCAGAGCUGGGAGGCCGGCUGGAGACCAGCAACAAGGACGCCCUGAAUGCCACAGGCGGGACCGCAACGGCAGGCAAGGAUGGCAACUCGCGGAUCUUGAACCGAAACUGGUGA